AUGGUCCAUCACAUUUGCAUCCUGAUCCUGUUCAUUUCCCUGCAGCGGUCGGAGUUCCAUCUGGAUGGAGAUUAUAUCAUCGGUGGGCUCUUCAGCGUCCACCUGGCUGCUGGACCUGUUUACCAAAAAAGGCCAGAAGUCUCAGAGUGUUCCGUCUACCCGUUCCAGCUCUCCCACUACCGGAGGUUCCAGAUGAUGCGAUUCUCAGUGGAGCAGAUCAAUAACUCCUCCCACAUCCUGCCGAACGUCUCCAUCGGUUAUCAGAUAUUUGACCAGUGCGCAGAUGCGAAAGAUUUCCCGGGGAUUUUUGAUCUGGUGUCUGUGAACGACACCGUCCAUCCCUGGUGGUCCACGAGUCAAGGUCGGUCCAAUGUCAUCGCGGUGUCCGGCCCGUUUUCAAGCACCUUCACUCUGACCACGGCGCCACUCCUGAUGGUGGACCUGAUACCAAUGGUCAGCUACGGAGUCACAGGUUCGGUUUUCUCCAACAAACUGAAAUUCCCCUCCUUUCUACGAACGGUCCAUCCCAACCAGGUGACCAUCAGCCUCAUGGUGAAGAUCCUGCAGCACUUUAACUGGCGCUGGGUGGCGUUCCUCAACAGCGCAGAUGAUUUCGGGAGGGACGGCCUCGACUUGUUCACCAAGUACAUCAAAGGCACCAACAUCUGUCUGGCCUACAACAAGGGCCUGACCGAGCACUCCCACUUCCCCUCCAUCUUCAAGGAGAUCGAGGCGGCCAAGAUCACCGUGGUGCUAGUCUUCGCCCCGGAGGUGACCGCUGAGAACCUGGUUUGCUCCGCCAUCCAACACAACAUCAACAAGAAGGUUUGGAUCGCAGACGAAGGCAUGACCCAAAACAAGAGACUGCAGACGGACCCCAACAUACACAGCAUCGGGACCGUCAUCGGAGUUUCCCAGGCCAUUGUGACUAUUCCAGGCUUCAGCGACUUCAUUCUCGCAACUAAAACCCAGACUCUUGUGGAGGACGACCAGCAAACGCUUUGCAAUCAAAUCUGCAACUGCAGCGGCAUCACCCCGACAGCCAUCAUCAACGUGGAUCCCUCUUUCGCUCUGGGGGUUUAUUCGUCCGUGUAUGCCAUCGCGCACGCCUUACACAACGUGCUGGAGUGCGAGGCAGGACGCUGCAACACCAGCAUCACCGCCAACCCGCAAAUGGUCUUCACCGAGCUGAAGAAGUCCAACUUCACCCUCCUCAACUACACUGUACGAUUCAACAAGGACGGCGACCCCAUGUUCGGAGCCUUUUCCGUGUUUUACUGGAACCGAAGGGGCGAAGCCGAGGAGCUGGGGCAGCUGGAUCUGUACUCAUCAUCGUCCUUCACCAUCAACAGCAGCAAAAUACAGUGGUUCACGGACGAAGUGCCCACCUCACUCUGCUCCCCGGAAUGUCCUUCUGGAUUUGCCAUGAAGCAAGAUGGAAGCCACCACUGCUGUUUCUCCUGUGAAAAGUGUCCGAACGGCACGUACGUCAACAUCACAGAGAACCCGUACAAGUGCACCCGGUGUCACGAGACAGAAUGGUCACCAGCUGCCAGCACCGCCUGCAUCCCUCGCACUGUGGAGUACGUGCAGUUCUCCCACGGCGCAGCCUUACUCACCAUGUCUGCCAUGGUGCUCUUUGACGUCCUGAUCGUCGCCGUCGCCGCUCUCUUCGCCGUCCACUUCAACACACCCGUCGUCCGCUCGGCCGGGGGGCCCAUGUGCUUUCUGAUCUUAGCCUGCCUCUGCCUUUCCGGCCUCAGCAUCAGCUUCAACUUCGACGAACCCACCACGUCCUUCUGCUUCCUCAGGCUCUUUCCCUUCAGCUUCUUCUACAGCAUUUGUCUCUCCUGCUUCGUGGUGCGCUCCUUCCAAAUCGUUUUCAUCUUUAAAAUGGCCAGCAGGUUCCCGAAGCUCUACAGUUUCUGGACGGCCUACCACGGCCAGUGGGUGCUGAUCUCCGCCGUGUUCACACUGCAGACGUUCCUGUCCAUCAUCGCUUACUCCAUCGGGCCGACCACACCCUACCAAGACAUGUCCUCCUACGAAGACAAGAUCAUCCUCAAGUGCAACUACGCUGUCCAAGCCACCACCGUCGCCGUGACUUUGCUUGUAUUGUUGAGUCUCCUUUGUUUCGUUUUCUCCUACAUGGGGAAGGACCUCCCCAAAAACUACAACGAGGCCCAAGCCAUCACCUUCUGCCUCAUGCUGCUGACCCUCACCUGGGUCACCUUCAUCACCAUCUUCCUGCUGUACCAGGGCAAACACCUCCAGACUCUCAACGCCCUGGCCGUGCUCUCCAGCCUCUACUCCUUCCUGCUGUGGUACUUCCUCCCCAAGUGUUACAUCAUCCUCUUCCAACCAGAGAAAAACACACCGCAGUACUUCCAGGGUCUCAUCCAGAACUACACCAAAACCAUCAGCCAGUAAACUGCCGCAGCUCAGCACGUUCACAAAUAAACAUCAGAAGUUCAUAACCUGAAAACCAGCGUGAGAGAGAAAUGCCAGGCGAAUGUGCUCUCUGCUGGAUAAAAACAAAGACAGAGCAGGUACUUCAUGUCAUCACUUCUCAUGACUGCAAGUUCUAGAACACACAGAUUAAUGAUGUUUCAAAUGCUAAAAAAG